AGAGGAAACUCUCAACUCACAUAGAAGAAACGAGCUGUGGUAGCAAAAUAUCGUUGUCAUUGAUUGCCUAUAUUUGGCAACGAACUAUUUUGUGGUUUGGAUUUAGAGACGGGUUUCAUGGUAUAUUUGUUUGACGGGAGAAGCAACGGUAACGACAACGGCAGCGGCAAUGGCGAGUGAGGGUAUGGUUUUGAAGGGAAAGGACGCGUCGACGUUGCUUUUAACGUCGGGGGCCAGUGGGCGCAUAAGCGCCUUAUUCUCCCUCCGAGCCUUGAGGGCUCUGCUAACCUUCUUAAACGGCGUUGUUUUGCUCCUCCUCUUUCCCUUCCGCAAAGGAACGGUGUCGUCGCGAUUCUCUUGGAAGAGUACCGGUGCCGGUUCCAAUUCCACGGCGAGGAGGGCGUUGGCUAUUCGGAGAGUGUUGGAGGAGCGUGACUCGGACGCAGAUGGAAGUAGCUUGAGGGAGUACCGUCUCUUCCCUACCUCAAGGGGUGACACAAUUUUCACCCAGUCUUGGAUUCCCCUCUCUCCCAACAAUACCGUCAGGGGAGUUGUUGUUCUUAUGCAUGGACUUAAUGAACACAGUGGCAGGUAUACUCAUUUUGCGAAACAGCUCAAUGCUAAUGGCUUCAAGGUUUACGGGAUGGAUUGGGUUGGCCACGGUGGAAGUGAUGGGUUGCAUGCUUAUGUCCAUUCUCUUGAUGAUGCUGUUUCUGAUAUGAAAGUAUUUUUGGAGAGGGUUCAAACUGAAAAUCCUGGGCUUCCAUGUUUCUGCUUUGGACACUCAACAGGAGCAGCCAUUACUCUAAAGGCUCUACUUGACCCGAAGGUUGAAGCUCGCAUAGCUGGUGCAAUAUUGACGUCACCUGCAGUUGGUGUUUCGCCUUCUCAUCCAAUUUUGGUGGUACUUGCUCCUAUAGCUUCAUUUUUGCUGCCAACGUAUCAAUGUAGUUCUGCAUAUAAGAAAGGGUUGCCUGUGUCUCGAGACCCAGAUGCUCUAAUUGCUAAAUAUUCUGAUCCAUUAGUAUGUACUGGACCUCUUAGAGUACGUACUGGCUAUGAGAUUCUCAGAAUUACGAGCUACUUGCAGCAAAACAUGAGAAAAUUGAGAGUUCCAUUUUUAGUUCUCCAUGGCACUGCUGAUUCCGUAACUGAUCCUGCUGCUUCUAAAAAAUUGUAUGAAGAAGCCUCCUCAACUGACAAAACUAUCAAAUUAUACGAUGGGUUCUUGCAUGACCUGCUCUUUGAACCCGAACGAGAUGCUAUCAUACAGGACAUAAUUCAAUGGCUGAACAGGAGAGUAUGAGAUUAGGUAGUGCUGUGAGUGAAAACAUAAUGAAAAUUUUCACCCAUAGAAAAUUGAAGCAGCACCUCGUCUUAGUGGUUAAUUUCCGGCUUUUCGUAGAGAGGGGAGAGAGAUUUGAAGCUGAAGCUACAUCAAUUGAAGCAUUCUUUUAGAUGGAAAUAUCCUGAAAACAUGAAUCAGCUUCUUUAUUGUUAGGAUCAGAUUUAUUGCUCUUUUUUCUC